GGUUAAUGGUUAUUGACAGAACUUGUUUUAGGAAACGACCGCAUUCUGAAAAAUUGUUGAUUAUUCCACAAACAAAAACACAAUUAAUGCACGAUUACACAUUCAGUUAUCUCUGCAAAAACAGCUUUCGUUUAUGAAAAUGACUUGAACUAGAGAAUUCCCCAUAAAUAGAAAUGGGCAGUGGGUUGCUUUACGUAACCUUGAGUGCGAAGAAAGGUGGUUUGUUGACAGCAAGUGGAGUUAGCGGACGAUUUAUUAGAAGCCAUAGCAAUAUCCCAUGGUUGCUGACAGGUCACAGAGGAAAUGUGGUUCAUAACCAUAACACAAGAUGUUUAGCAACAAAACCAGUAUCACCCCCCAAAAUUGACGUAUAUUUGGAAAAUGGCCAAAAUGAUCAUCAUAUUCCUGAAACAUUUAAGACACAUUCAAGAACUUUAUCCAAAGAUGGUGGUUCUCAUUCAACAUUACGAGAAUCCAUAAGUGAUGUACCUCAAACAGAUUUAUUGAAAAAUAUCACCCACAAUAACAACGUAACCCUGCAUUUUAAAAAUUCAAGAACUUUGGCUCAUUUAAGUUCAAGCCAUAUAGACAACAUAUCACUAUUUGUUCCUCAUAAAAAUCAACUUAUAAAUUUUACUCGUCCGGAUUUAGCGGAGAGAUUGAAAAGAUUAGAGAAAGAUAAAACAAUACCAGCUAAUGUGAUAGAUUCUAUAGACGAAGUACACUGGAAGGAACAAAGAUUAGAGUUAAAUAAACUACCUGGCUAUUAUUUAAAAUUAUCUAAAAUACGACUUACAGGUUUGGUUGUGUUGACGACGAUGGCAGGGUAUGCUAUGUCCCCUGGUGUUUUCGAUCCAUCAAUAUUUUUAUUAUGUAGUGUUGGAACAGCUUUAACUUCCUGUGCAGCUAAUUCUAUAAAUCAGUUUUUUGAAGUUCCGUAUGAUUCGCAGAUGAAUCGGACAAAGAACCGAGUUUUAGUUCGUGGCUACCUCAGUCCCCUUCAUGCUGUUGGAUUUGCUACAGUUUGUGGUGUAACGGGUGUCUCUAUUUUAUUAUUAGGGGUGAACAAUCUGACAGCUCUAUUAGGAGGCUUUAAUUUAUUACUGUAUACACUAGCUUACACCCCUAUGAAGAGGUAUAGUACAGCCAAUACGUGGGUAGGUGCUGUAGUAGGAGCUAUACCACCUAUGAUGGGUUGGACAGCUGUAACAGGUAGUCUAGAUCCAGGUGCUUUGUUAUUAGGAGCCAUUUUGUUUUCCUGGCAGUUUCCUCACUUCAACGCUUUAAGUUGGAAUUUACGUCCGGACUAUUCUCGUGCUGGAUAUCGAAUGAUGUCCGUCGUCAAUCCAGAUUUGUGUAAAAGAGUUGCUUUCCGUUAUUGUUUAGCUACAACUGGAUUGUGUUUAAUGGCCCCACUGAUUGAUCUAACAACGUGGACAUUCGCAGCCGAUUCCCUUCCUUUAAAUUUAUAUCUUUCAUACUUAGGAUGGCGUUUCUACAAACAAGGUGAUAGCAACUCUUCUAGAAAACUUUUCCGUUUUACGCUUGUACAUAUUCCAGCUUUAUUAUUGUUAAUGUUAAUCAGUAAAAAAACUUUCGGUAGUCACCAGAGUCAACAAAUUACACCUGUCGUGGUUAGCUAGGGGUUGUGUACAAGGUGCGAUGUUAGAACACAUAAUUAAUAUAAACUCAAAAGAGACAAAAUAAGGACAUUGAAAGCCAUGGUAGAGCUGUUAGAUCAUGUCUAUAGACCUAAGAAGUUCACUGUAAUAUGUAAGAACUCACUCCAAACACAAACCACUUAAACAUGUGUUACAUCAUGGAGACUAACUUGUGAGGUGUUAAAAGACAUUAUGCAAACCAAUUGAACAUGCAUUACACGACGAGAUGGAACUUGGGAAUUGAAAGGCAUUGAAGAGCUGUAAGAUCAUGUGCCAGAACCCUAGUGUCAGCUGUAACGUGUAAGAUGUUCGAACACAUAUAUGCAAACCAACUGAAUACAUUACAUGAGGAGGGCCUUCAGUUCUGCUUUAUGGUGAAACUUUUGUAAAUUUGAUUUGCUUGUUAUUGAUGUGUGCCACUGAGUUGAGUCUAGGCUUGUGAAAAAAAGGCUAAAUAAUAGAUUAUAUAACGUUUUGAACAUAGGCGUAUAGACUUGAUGAAUGUUAGGGGAAGCAGAACCUGAAAUGCCCCCCAAAAUUUCGGGUUACAGACGUCUAGGGACACUCCCUGAAUACAGCAAUGUGGUCCAAUAUAGCCUACCUUUAGUGGCUUACCUGAAUCCCAAACAACCAAUCGAUCUUCGCAGGGUAAUGGGGGGGGGGGAGAAAAUUUUGAAAAUUUAACUGCCGAAUAUGCUUUUUCAGCUAUUCUAGCCCAUGAGUUAAGUAACUUCAAAGUUUCCAAUCGUUUUGUAAUCCCACUCUAUGCCGACCUGAAUUCCAAUUAUCCAAUCGGACUAUUGCAACUGCAUUCAUAAAUCAUGAUUUAUAAAUCAUAAAUCACAAUUUGUGGUAUUCAAUUAAAAGAAAAGUAAAAAUAGUGUUUUAUUAGAUUUCGGACACUAUAUUUUGCCAACUAGAUGAAAUAAUAAUUUUUUGUUUUCACUUUACCCAUCUGCCCCGAAAAGUCAGAUUGCCCGAAAGUUAGCAGGUCAGCUGCGCCCCCCGCCCCCUUCCCCUUCCCCCUGACUCGUACGCCUAUGGUUUUGAAGCCAAAAGAAAGACCUGCAAUAGGCCAAUUUAUUUUUAAAUUCACAAAACAUUGUUAUUGUUUUUGUUAUGUUACAUACCUCAAAAAAUCAUAAAUGCAAAGAAUUCAGGCCUCGAGUUCACAAAGCAUUCUGUGACUUAAGUUAAGACUCAACUUUCAAUCACUGUUUAUGAGAAAUAUCUUUGAUCCAGAAACACAAAACUUUGCACAUAGUUUCUUACUGGUGUAUUUGAUAAAUUAAGACAAAAAAUGUUUUAUAAUGGGCUAUAUUUUAGUUAAAAUAAGGUGAACAAUUUUGAGUAAAUUCUUAACUUAAGUCUGAGAAUGCUUUGUGAAGCCGGCCAGGUGUCAACCAACUGCUUACAUGUACAUAUAAAUAUAUAUAUAUAUAUCAAUGCAAACUAACAAACCCAUAAGGUUAUGCAACUUUUUUUCUUUUUUUUUUGUGGGGUUUAACCCCUAGAUAAAGUGUCUAUCAAUGCAAAACUUAAACAAUAAAUCAAUUUCCUGCUUGUAUGUGACAAUGAGCAGGGUUGCCUGUCCAUCCUCUUGAUGGUCUUAUGGUUUUCUCACACUGCUAAAGACCCCUAUGCACAAGCAAAUUAUUGAAAUGAAAUUGAAUCGUGUGUUAGUCCCAAAAUGACCUAGUUUGUGUUGAGUGGACGUUAAACCCCAUUUCUCUCCCUUGCAAACUACUAUAUUAUGAAAAUUGAUUUUCUAAAAGAAAUCAGCCGUCUGAUAAAGUAAAAUGUCGGGGUUGUUUCAGUUUAUUUCUGACCUUGUACUAAAUUCAUUUUGCUACAUUUUGUGAAAAUUUGGCGUUGGCUCAGUGAGUAGGGCUCUGACACACCAAUCUGGGAGUUCGAUCCCAGGUUGAGAAAGUUCGCUAGGAUUCCCCUCGUCAUUGGUGCAGGACAGAGAGUCUGGAAAGAACAGUGCCAAGAAGUUUGGAUGGGAUGGAAAACCAGUUAGAUAAAAUUUUCCUCAUAGCACACUGUAUGUUUUUAUUAGCCCAGUUGGUGUAGAAAAGUAGGACGUUAAACCCCACCCAUAUCAUUUCAGUCAGGGAGGUUGGAUGGCUUAGUGGUAAGCACGUGCACGUUGUAUCAUUAAGUCUGUCAUUGAGUCAACUGCCGUGUUUUUGAAUCCCCGGUUGUACGUGACAAGGAGUAGGGUCGCCUGUCCAACCUCGUGGGUUUUCUCCAGGUCCUCCAGUUUCCUCCCACUGCUGAAGACCCCUACGCUCAAGAAAAUUAUUGAAAUAAAAUUGAACCAUAUGUUAGUCCCGAAUUGACCUAGUUUGUGUCGAGUGGAGCUAAACCCCAUUUCUCUCUCUCUCUCUCAUUUCAGUCAGGGAGAAAAUGAAAUAGUAAUUAUAUUUUAAUUAUAGUGUUAUUAUUUAAACAGUGAUAAUUUUAUAUAGUAAUUUGUUAUUAAUGAUUUGAUUGAUAUAACAAGAUGUGAACUUGAUUUUACUGUGUAUAUUGUUGAUAAUGUAUGUUAAUACGUGUAGAGUGAAAUAUUAUUUAAUUUAAUAAAACUGGACACUAAUAUUAUACCCGUCUUUAUUAGUCCGGUAAAUGAUCAGAUCUAAAUAUUAUAAGACCACGUGCAGGUUUCAUCAAGGUCACAAGAUGUAAACAGGGUUAGGGCAUGUGAUUGUUGCCGAUGAUUGUGGGAUAGGGUAAUGGUUCUCAACCCUUUUUUUGCCAAUGGCACACCUUGAAACACAUGAAAAAAAUAGUGGCACACCUGGCUAAUUAUAUAUGAAAAAUAUUUGAAUUUUGCAAAAUAAAAACAUGGCAAGUCAUAGACGGCAUACAACCG